AUGGGCGGCAAGUUUUCCCAGGUGCACUACCGCGAGCGCGACACGACCGUGCUCCAAGACUUUGAGAUUCUCACCAAAGCCUGGGGCAAGGCCGAGAUCGAGGUGCUCUCGCUGCAGCUGCGGCGCAUUUCGUUCAACUUUUGCCUCACGCCGGCGCACUUUCGGGAGAUGCUGCAGCUGCACCACAACGACCUCUUUGCGCCGCUCGUGACGCGCUGGUUUGACGCGCUCAAGAACAAUCCGAGCAGCAGCGUCGUCAACGGCCUCGAGUUCAUCACGGCCCUCGCCAUCACGGGCAGCUUUGGGAAGCUUCUCGAAAAGGUCGCGUUCGUUUUCGAUUUGUUCGACUUCAACAACUCGGGCGCUGUCACGCGCGACGAGCUUCUCAUCUUGCUCAAGUCGUCGGUGCGCGGCCUCACCAAGGUCACGCGGGGCCUCGGCCCGCACCUGCUCCGCCUCUGCCCCAUGUCCCAGAUCGAAGCGCUCGCAACUCUCUGCUUUGAAGACUGCGGCUUGGACCCGACGGACGACCUCCGAAAAGAGGCGUUCGUGCAGUGGGUGCGUCGGACGCCCAAGAUCACUAACCUCCUCCGGUGUUAUGUGCCACGAGACAAGUACAACUCCGAGGACGCCGCCAGUACCAUCCAGCGCGUCGUUCGAGGCAUGCUUGCACGGUCCGCCGUUCUUGACCGCAAGCUCCAGCGGCGCCUCCAGCUUGACGCCCAGCUCGACACGGCGGCGCAGAAGAUCCAAGACGCUAUUUUGCACCGCAAGAAGCGCCAAGAAGGACUGCGCCGGUCAAAAGUCGAGCGCAACGCAUCGAGCGGCGCCAUCUACAGCUUUGGCGCCAACAACCACGGGCUUCUCGGACACCAGCACCUCGAGCUGGCUUCGCAACUCAAGCAGCCACGUCUCGUACUCUACUUCAAGCACAAUGACCAGCGGGUCGUGAGCGUCGCAACCAGCCGCGUGCACGCGAGCGCUGUGACCUCCUCGGGCGCUGCGUACACGUGGGGGGCGUGCCCCCCGGGGGCGUUUGGCUCGUUGGAAAAACCGGCGGCCGCAGUGCGCGCCUGUCCCCGGCGCGUUGAUGAUCUCACCGAUGUCGCUAUCGUCCAUAUGGCGCUCGGCGCCCGACACUCGAUGGCUCUCUCCGACGACGGCGUCGUGUACACAUGGGGCGCUGGCGAAUUCGGGCAGCUCGGCCACGGCGAUCCGCACAACGCCGAGAACGAACUCUACCAGCGCGAGUUUGACCCGCACACGAGCCGACUCUACCCGGUGAUCGACCUUCCGCUCAAGCUCGACAAGAGCCUCUUUGACGACGUGCAGAUUGUCUCGAUAGCGUGCGGCUACUACUUUAGCGUGGCGCUGGCUGCCGACGGCUGCGUGUACACCUGGGGCGAGGGCUCGGACGGGCAGCUCGGCCUCGGCUACGCCGACGAGUUCCGUGUCGGGUUUUUAGACGAACACAUCGUCCACAGCAACUACACGUACAUGCACUCGCCGACGUACAUCAACUUGACCGAGCCCAUCGGUGCGAUCGGCGUCGGCGGCAACCGCGUCUACGCCGUCGGCCGCAGCCACCGCAACGUGUACGAGUGGGGUGCCGGGUUUCGUAGGGCGACCGAGAGCGUCUUCUCCCCGCGCCUUUCACCCGUGCUGAGCACGCUGUACGUCGAGAGCAUCCGCGUCGGGAGCGAGUACGCCAUGGCGAUCACGGGCUGCGUCUACCUCAAGCUGCCCGAGACCGACGCCAUGUACGCGGUCGCCGCUGCCUUUGGUGCGCCGCCCGUCGAGAUUUGCACCGGACUCAGCGCGCCGCUCAUCGCACCCGGCGUCGUCAAGACAUCGGCCUCGUACAUCCACAAGGAAGAGUACGCGAAAAAGAUGGUGUACGUGGACCGCGGUAAGGCCUCGGGCGUGUGGCUCACGAUCGACGGCAACGACGCGUUCUCACUGCCCGUCGUGCCGUCGAUGUUUGGCCCCAGCGUCGACAGCAAGGGUGUCCAGUACCCCCUCUUCUUUACCCCCCAAAAGCUCGCAUCGCUCUCGCACUACGUCCGCCCGGACGAAAUUCCAGGAAAGCUCGUUGUGCUGCACUUUGAAGAAAGUGAUUUGCCAAUGGAGUCGGCGGACGAUGACGUCGGCAUGGUCAUCGAGCGCCUUAUGCAAGCGCUGGUGGCCAAAGUCAAGGACGCGCAAGAGGCGGGGGCGGCGGCCGUGGCGAUCGCGUUCACGUUCAUGGCCGAAGCGUUUCCGCUCGCGACGACGGAGCUCGAAAAUUAUGCGUUUGGGAUCCCGAGCGUCAUGCUCAACGCGUCGUCAAGCCAGCGGCUGCUUGGCUUUCUCAACGAGACCAAGCGACCCGUGCUCGCCCACCUCGCGUCGCACGAAGACAAGCUCUCGGAGCAGAUUGUUCAGAUCCAAAGCCUCGGCGCCGUCGCCGUCGUCAUUGGCCAAAACCCUCUGGACGGCACACCGAAAAAACUCACGCACCACAUCUUUGACGCGGGCUACGGCGACCCGCUGUCGCAAGCCAAGAAGAUGACGAUUCCAGUGCUCAUGGUGUCGCACGAGGCCAGUGUACGCAUCAAGGAGACGUACAAGCGUCGCAUCCAAGACACGUUUGCCGAGAUCGGCAUCUCGUCGUUCGGGGACGUGUACGCGUGGGGCGCCGGCGACCACGGCGUGCUCGGCCUCGGCGACACGGACAAUGAUGUCAUCUUUGGCAGCAACUACGACCCCGGCACCGACUCGGCGUUCCCGUACGUCGAGUCGCCCGAGUGGGUCGAAGCGCUCGUCGAUACGCGAAUCGUCGACCUCUCGUGCGGAGCGUCCCACGCCGCCGCCGUCUCGGACACGGGUGACCUCUACACGUGGGGGCACGGUGCCCACGGCAAGCUCGGCCACGGCCAGGACAUUGACGAGGUCACGCCGCGGCUUGUCGACGCGCUGCACUCGGUCAAGGUGGCGUCCGUCGCCUGUGGGCGCGACCACACCCUGGUCGUGACGGCCAUCACCGAGACCAAGCCAAUCGAGCCGACGACCGCCGUCGCGCGCAGCCACCCGCCCGUCCUCGACGUCGACGACGACGACGUCAAUUUGGACUAG